AUGUUUAGCAAAGCGAAGAAGAAACUUCGCUUCACCGCAGAAGAUAUCAAAAACAUCUUCCGUAAGAAGCAAACCCAGAUCGAAGCCAAUGCCGACGAUGUCUUUUUCCAAAGAGCCUCCGGAACCGGCGUGGUGACCAGUGCAUACAUUAAAGACACCAUUCGAAAGCUUUUAGCAGGAACUUCGAUCAAGGACGACAGCAAGGUCUACAGAAUCUCCAUUGCCGACAUUGCAACCAUUCUUGAUCUUGACAAGCAAACGACAAUUAAAUACGUCAAAGAAGUUGGUGAAGAAUUUGGAUCUGAUAUUUACUACAGCAAUGAAACUUAUCUGACAAAGAAUGAAUUGUUGCGCAUUCAAGAAGCUCUUCUUGCCAUUAUUGCCGAAUCUUCAUACAUUGAGUCUCUUGAGUUUGGUAUCCGUGAGAAAAUCGAUCCUAUUCUUGUCAAACGUGUAACCACCAAGAUCAAUACUACCGAGCCAAAGUCCUUAAUUCUCGAGAUUGAAAACCCUGCAAUUGGCAACACUGAACUUUUGCUCAUCUCAGAGGCCCGAUUCAAUUCUGCUAAAGAAAAGCUUUACGAGUAUUUGAACUCUUUGGAAGCCCCUACUUCUCUUUCCGAACUGUCUUUCCCUGAUUCUGAUGACCUCAUUGAUAAGCUUUUGGCCGAUAAUAAGAUUCUUCCCGCUCUUGUAAAGUCGGUCCCUCAGGCCAUUAAGGACGACAAGGUUAAGGGCAAGAUUUCGGUUGAACCUGCCGCUGCUGAAGGCAAAUUUUUCCCCCGCACUUACACUCUUAAGCUCCAAAAACAAAAUAUUGACAUUCUCAAGGCCAACGGCGUCAUUGCCACUACUGAAUUCACUAAAACAGAUGUUUCUAACAUUGAAGAGUUUCUCACCGAAAACUUGGGAUCUGCUGACAAUUACCUUCUUCUUUCUGAAAAUGUCGUGCUUCCAUUUUAUUACGAGAAGGUUGCGGCCGAUAUUGUAAAUUCCGUCAAGUCUACUGGCUUCUCCGAUAUUGGUGCUGUUUUGUUUGUUGGUUUGACUUCAAGCUCUGUUGAUCGUGAAGCGCUGCUCCAAAAGUCCGUUCUCCCCAAGGUUAAGACUGAUUUGGCUGGUACUGCUGUUCAAAAUAUCUUUUUGAGUGAGCCUGCCACUACAAAGAAGGGUAAUGUUUCUGAAGAACCUAUCCCCGCAUUUAUUGCUACUAUUGAGUUUUACCAAGGCAUCAAGACCCAACUGGAAACCGCUCUUGCUGAGUCUUCAGCUGCUUCAGAGGCCAAGCGUAUUGUGGCUAACGAUGAGACAUUGACUGAGCUUACUUCUUUGUAUCAGGAUAAGCUUAACGACAAAGUCACUGCAAAUGACUUUAGCUCUUCUAUUCUUAGCAAGGCUGAGUCUGGCGUUGUCAAUGACAAGAAGAUUAACAAUUUUUUGCUUAAGACCAAGGCUCCUUCUGCUCUCAUGUUGUACCUCGGUGGCCAGUUUUUGCCCGAAACUAAGGCUCACUACGAGACUGCUCUUUUGUCUACUACUGAAAAGUAUGUCAAGGAGGAAUAUCUGACCAAAUGGUAUCCUGUUCUGCUUUACACCAACGCCAUCAUUGACUUGGUAAACUACGAUCCCAAGGUUGGCAAGGCCUUCUUUUCCGAUCUUUUUAGCCAGCUGACUCAAGAAAACCUUGUUUUGACUGCUGAUGACGCAGCCCUCGCAACUGCAGCCAACAAGAAGAAGACUACUCCUGAAAGUGUUAAGGAACUUAUUGAGGCUAAGAUUAAGGCUGUGGAUUCUGAGCUUACUGAUGCCGAUAUUCUCAAGCAUAUUUCUGAGACUCGUGCGCGUUUGCUGGAGACCCUGGAGCACCUCAUCUCACAAAGCAUAACGGAGGCCGACACCGCAUCCGUGCUUUUCUACGCAUCUGUUGCUGUCUACGACAAGUGGCUGUUGGCUGACCCCAGCUCUGCUGUUGUUGGAGCCCUCAAUAUCAACCCCUCACUUGGAACCAAGCUGCUCAAGGUGCUUGACAAGCGCUUUGAGGUCCCUGCAUUGGCAGCUGUGCGCGACUUGCUGAAGGAGGGUAAAGAGGUCCCUGAAGAGGUUUUGAAUACUGUUGUGGCUCUUGUUUCUUCUGAUUUUGAAAAGACUCCCUUGAAGCUCAAGCCUGAGGAGGUUCCUGUAGUUGAAGAAGAAAAGGUUGCUGAGCCUGUUGCUGCUGUUCAGGAGGAGAAGUCGGUGCCUGCCAACUCUGAGUCUACAGUCGAUGUUGCUUCCGAAACUUCUACCGCUGUUGCUGCUACAGCCGCCACUGUUGCUGCUGCUACUACCGCUGCUAUUGUUUCUAAGGAGAUUGUUGAAGAGAAGAAGGAUGUUGUUUCUGAGCCUGUUGCUGAGGAAAAGAAAGAAGCUGCCGAACCUAAAGAGGAAGCUUUGGAACCUGUUUCUGGGGAGAAGGAGGAAGCCACUGAACCUAAGGAUGAAAUUCCUGAGUUUGUUUCUGAGAAGAAGGAAGAAGCCGCUGAAUCUAAGGAGGAAGUUGCUGAACUUAUUUCUGAAGAGAAGCAGGAAGUUUCUGAGCCCGUCUCUGAGACCAAGGAGAUUGUUGAGCCUGUUUUUGAAGAGAAGGAAGAAGUUGUCGAAUCCAAGGAAGAGGUGGCUUCUGAGCCUGUUUCUGAGGAAAAGGAGGAGACCACUGAACCUAAUGAGGACAUUCCUGAGCCUGUUUCUGAGGAGAAGGAAGAAACCGCUGAAUCUAAGGAGGAAGUUGCUGAAUCUAUUUCUGAAGAGAAGCAGGAGGUUUCUGAGCCCAUCAUUGAGUCAAAGAAGGAAGAGGUUGCUGAACCUAUUUCUGAGGAGAAGGAGGAGAUUGCUAAGCCUGUCUCUGAUGCCAAGGAAAUUGUUGAGCCUGUUUCUGAAGAAAAGGAAGUUCCUGAACCUAUCACUAAAGAAAAAGAAGCCACUACUCCUGCUACUGAGAAGAAGGAGGAAAAGGCUACUGAAGAGAAGGCUGAGCCUAUUUCUGAACAAAAGGCGGAAGAAGUUGUUUCUACUGAAUCUACUUCUGAUAAAAAGACAGAAGAUAUUGUUUCUGAAUUUGUUUCUGAGAAAAAGACAAAAGAAGAGGAAGCAGUUACUGAGCAGGAGAAGGAAGAGGUUAUUGCUCCUGUCUCCCAGGAAAAGACUGAAUCUGAACCUGAGAAGACUGAGGAGGAGAAGAUAGUUGAUGAAAAGGCUGAGCCUGUUUCUGAAGAAGAGGAAAAGGCCAUUGAGUCUAAAAAGACAGAGUCUGAGACCAAGACCAGUGACGAGGAGCCUACAAAGGAAACUACUGUUAUCACUAAUGAAGAAAAGGUUGAGGCAGUUUCUGAGGAAAAGUCUGUUGAGGAGAGUAAGCAACCCCAGGAGGAGAAAUCUACAAAGGAGGUUGUUUCUGAGGAGCCUAUUAUUGCUUCCAGUACUGAGUUGACAGCUUCUGAGACUACUUCUGAAAAGACUCAGGCAGAAGGUGAGUCCUCUGAUUCUUCGGAGUCUUCUGAGUCUGUGAAACCAGAUUCUAGCGCUGAGGCUGAGGCUGAGGCUGAGGCUGAGGCUGAGGCCCAAGAUGAUGAAGAUUCUGGUGAGGAUAAGGCUUCAGCGACUUCAUCGACCACCAAUACGCCCAAGAAGAAGAAGAAUAACAAUAAGAAGGGUGGUAAUAAGAAGGGUCGUUCCAAGAGACGCUGA